AUGACUAUACAAGACAAACAACAACAGGAACAAGAAGAAGAAAUAAAAUGGACAUUAUUGACAAUUGAUGAUCUACCAAAGAUACAUGAAAUCAAUACGGUUGCAUUUAUGGAAGACCCAUAUCUAAAUUAUAUGUUUCAUGAAAUACCAAAAGAAGAGAGACAACCAUUUAUAAGUGAUAUUCAAAAGGCAUUCAUCAAACAGACGAUUGGAUCGAAUGAAUCCUAUUGUUUGGGUGAUAAACAAAAAGAUGGUAUUCGAUCGGUUGUACUCAUGUUACCACCACACGUUCCAUGGCCUGAAGAUCUCUGGAAAUUAUAUUGUGACAAACAAGAAGAAAUCAUUUUAAAUCAAAGAAAAUUAACUAGUACUUUUGAUAGAUUCCUUGCUGUUGAAGAAUACUUUUCAGAAAGAUUUUUACAUCAUGAUGCAAUUGAAGGAUAUUAUUUAUUGAUAUUAUCAACUGAUACUAGAUUACAUGGAGGUGGAUUGGCAUCUAAAUUGUUAAAUGUACUAUUUGAAAAGUUGGAUCGUGAACAAAAGAGUGUCUACUUGGAAUGUACUAGUCCCAAGUUAUGUGGCUAUUAUGAAAAGAUGGGUUUUGUCGCCGUUGAAAAGGGAUCAUUGCCUCACAUCCCUGCUGAACUCGAACAAAAAUAUAUUCCAUCUGUUACAUUUUUUAAAAGAAAUCCAAAACCAUCUAAUUAA